AUGGCCUCCUUCUCUCAACAACCUUACUACAAUCAACCUCCGACAAUCUACCCCCCUACCCCAACACCAACCCACCAGACAGAUGAUUUCUCUCCUCUUCAGGCCUUCCCUAGCUAUGGACAAUUCGAUUUUACCUACGAAGCUCCACCAUCCCACCAUCAAAAUAUACCAGGUUCAAUUCGAGGGCAUACACCGAUUGAUCACGACAGCCAACAGAGGGCAAGAAGCAGUAGUGAGGAGAAGGAAUUGACUCCAGGGCAGAGGAGAAGGAAAGAACAGAAUCGUGCAGCUCAGCGAGCAUUCCGGGAACGCAAGGAACGCCAUGUUAAAGAGCUCGAACACAGGCUCAAGACUCUCGAACAGCACGCUUCGGAGACAGCUGCCCAGAACGACAUCUUAAAACAGGAACUCCAAAAGACAAAGCUCGAGAACCGUUUACUACACGAGAACAAUAUGCGUGGACAAUCUCCCCCUGAGUUACGAGAUGUGGCAGCAAUGAGCUUCAAACCGACAGAUCACACUCCAACCAACCCUCCACCGGCUUUUACCUCCCCAAUAUUCGGGGAACACCCUAACCAGGGACCAAUACACCGGAUAUCAACGAGUCCCAAAACGGGCGAACGGCUCUUAGGAGCUGGUGCCGCCUGGGAUCUCAUCGUAUGUCACCCUCUGUACGAACAAGGCCUCGUCGAUAUCGGCGACAUCUCCGAUCGACUAAAGGGGUUAGCACGAUGUGAUGGUCAGGGCCCUGUAUUCGAGGAAAGUGUAAUUUUGGAGGCCAUUCAGGCUUCAUCAGGAAGCGGACGCGAUGAACUUUUGGUUGAGUCUCCUCCAGGAUCACUCUACUAA